AUAUGAUUGGCACCAUUUUCUGGCAAACUGUAAGGCUCAUAGCUUACUUUUUGGGUUGUCUCCUGAUCUACUUUUUGUACAAAGUAGUCUAUAUGCCAAUCAAGUUCAGGUACACCUACAGUAAAUAUAAGAAUGUGUUUGUAUCGCCAAAAUUCAUUCCUGUCCUUGGAGAUAUUUAUUAUUACCUGGACGAUAUGCAAAACAAUAAAGUCUUUUAUGACCAUAUGAAGAGACAACAGAGAAGUUUUAAACCUAAUGAGAUCGACCUCAGAGCAGAUCUCAUAGGGACUGAUCCAAUGAUUGGAGUCGUUUCUCACAAAGCUCUGAAGGAAGUCAUUAGUCAGAUACCUGGGAAGAUUGACAGAGCAGAUAUUGACAAUACUCCAUGCUUAAGAAGAGCCUUACUGAAGAUGUGUGAAGGCUGUUUUGUCAAUUCUCCUUCAACUAAGAAGACCAUUGAGAGAAGGAAAUCUUUAACUAAGAUUCUGGGACUCAACCACUCAUCGAAGAACAUCCCUCUGAUGCUUAAGAAUGCAGAUAUCAUUCUUCAGGAUAUGAAGAAAAAAGGUGAAGCAAAAAUGCUAGAUCAAAUGGCUUUGUUAACUAACAGGAUACUUGUUAGUGUUUUGUUCGGUAGAGACUAUGAAGAACACAUGUCUGAAUCAUAUGAAUAUCUGUACAAAGAUGGGACUACCAAGAAGUUCGACCUCUGAUCUUUCUUUUCAAAUCUUUCGGUAGGCAUGAGUGACGAAGCUGGAAAUCUUUUCACUAUAUUAUUUCCUCUUUUAAAUGUUUCAAACAUUAUCAAUCCUUGGAAGAGAAACCACACCAACAAGUUAGCUUUAUAUUCGGCCCUAAAAGAUAUUGUGAAAAAGUCUCAGGACGAAGACUCUUUCUGGAAUCAGAUCCGUAAGCUCAACGAGUUCACAGAGGAUGAAAUUUUGGUUGACUUAAUGCUUUUGCUAUCAGCAGGCUCUGAAACCACCGCUGAUAAUUUUGUAGCCUUGCUCUAUUACUUGAAGAAGUUCCCAGAAACCAAGGAGAAGCUAAUGAAGGAACUAGCGCAGGUUGGAAUUGUGCCUGGCUGUGACUUCAACAAAGUCAUCACAAUGGAAAAUAUCCAAGCUUGUGAUUAUCUCUCAAAUGCCGUGAAGGAGUCUUUGAGGAUGGAUUCGCCACUUAAUUUCACAAUUUUCUAUCAAGCUUACAAAGAUACUGAAGUAUGAGGAGUUUCUAUUCCAAAAGGAACCAUCUUGAAGCAAGAAAUUGCUGGACCCAACAACGAUGAUAAAGACUGGCUAGACCCAAAUACUUUUGAGCCUGAAAGACAUAACACUGAAUCCGAGUUCUUUAAAACGUCUAAGGAGCAAGGCAAGAUUCAAAAUGUUUUCUCGAGAAGAACCUUCGGACAUGGCCCAAGAAUGUGCCCUGGCAUGAGCUUUGCUACUUUAGAGAUGAAGGUGUUUGCUGCCUUCUUCUUAACCCAGAUGGACUAUGAAGUAAGCAAGGAAGACCUUGAAAAUGACCACAUUGGCUUUGGAAUUGGAAGUCAAUUCAGCCCUAAGUUCAAAAUCAGCUAAGCAUUACUAUUCAAA